AUGUUUACCACCAAGUCGGUUCAGUCGCUUAAGAAUCUAUUCGCAUCAUAUCACGAACCCCUACCCUUGUCGAAACAACAGUCUCAGAAGCUUCUUGACGGUCUCAAGACAUCAUUUCGAAAGCAACUUGAUCGUGAAUAUGGAGAGAGCUCCAAUAGUCCAGCCCAGCCUGUCGCGAAAUCCGUUGAUCCAACAAAUCCUGCCCGACUAUCAGCUGCGAACCUUCAUUUGAAAGAUAUUCUAGCCAACCCGCUAUUCAGCUACAACAAAGAUGUCAAAUCAACAUUCCCUACAAGUCUAUCGCCGCCCGCUCUAGCAACGCCAACGCGUGAUCCCAUAGAAGUUUUCGACCAUGCUGUAGCUCGAGGAUUGAUGACACCCAAGGCUGCAAUCGGUUGCAUGCACGCCAAGGCAAAGCAACUUCAGGCACAAGAAGCCGGUCUGGCAGGUCUCGCUACAUCAGGUGUAUCGGGACGUGUUAUAAGAUGGCUUCGGUCAUGUGGCGCCGAGCAAGACUUGCGAUUUAUGGACAACCAGACUUUUAUCCGUACACUGGCUCCGUUCCUAGUGGCAGAGGGCAUGGAGGAGGUUGCAUGGGAAUGGCUGGUGCGAACAGUCAACGACACAUCUAGAAACUUGCCAAAGGAAAAGCGCCUCAAGAGAGCAUCCUAUCUACUCGGAGAACUUGUCAAGACAAAGUGUCAGCCCCAGUAUGGCAACCUUGAUUCAGGCAUCUCCACCAUGUUGCAAGCGCAGCAAUUGUUCAAGGCCAGCCCCUUGCUCUCGGAUCUUUUGGUUUCCUCAUGGCGUUCUGUAUCAUGGUUCUCCACCGUCGAGUCUUACAGUCGACCCGCGCCAUCCGAAGAGCUUUUUGAUGCUCACAUUGCUACAGCUGAUCGCUUGCCUCAGCCCUUCCUUUUGGAACGUGCUCACCUUCAUCUCUAUCACCCAACACACCCCGACCAUCUUCCUGCGCUCAACUUCUUCAAAGAUAAGGAAAGACUUCGAAAACUGGUUACUACUAUUGGGCCUAAGAAGGCAAAGCCUGCAAAAUUAAGCACUGUAUCGUGGCUUGCUUUUCUGGGACACGAUACGGUCAAUCACUUGUCUCAGUCUGGCAGGACUCAGGAAGCCCAAGGUGUCACAGAGUUACUACAGGCAGAAGUGGCCAGUCUCUUCAACAACAACAAAUUGGAGCCAGCUCUGGAAUAA